AUGCAGCUCGAUGACGAUGACUUCGAGCAAGACGAGGGAUCUGCUCCGAUGAACAGAGAGCAGAGGCGGCAGAUGAAAAAGUUGGGCAAGAAGGGGAAACCCACGAAGAUGGCGAGGGAGGAGAUGAUGGAUGCGGCAUCUGCACAGAUCGCUUCCUCCCCGGCAUCCACGGACACUGAAGAAGCUCCUUCCCGAGGGGCUCUGGCGUUGGAGGAGAUGAGACAAGCUGCCUUGAGAAGCAAGGAGGAAAGAGUCCGCAAGGCUGGGCAGCAGCGACAAGCGUCGCUUCCUGGAACUGAAGAACUGAGGAGAGUAGAUCCAAAGGUUCUGUUUGCAGCCGAACGAACCUUGCUCAACGGAGUCCUGGUCUCCGGAGGCAUAUGGGUGUUCUGCGGCCUAUGCGUCGCUGUCGACGCCUAUCUCAUUGCUACCAAGCAGCAGGUCCCGCAAGCGCUGGAUUCAGCCUUAUCAAAGUACAUCGAGCCUUACCUCACUCCUGGCCUCGUCCUCGUCCUCGCCUUCUCUGCCCUCCUCGGUCUCAUGCAGGUGUACAAGUUCGAGGGAGUCAAGGCAGAUACCAAGCUGAAGCAGGAAAAGAGCUCAAGGCCUCUCAAGUGA